CGUCCAGCAGCUGAUCGGUAAUCCAGAAGAAGUUUCCCCUCAGUUAGGGGGGAGCUCCACUUUGACGCAGGAGACUCCACAACCACCCUGCAUUAAAAAGGAAGAGGAGGAACUCUGCAUCACUCAGGAGGGAGAGUGUCUUCUAGGACGAGAGGAAGCUGAUUACACCAAGUUUCCACUGAGUAUUCUCUCUGUGAAGACUGAAGAUGAUGAAGAGAAACCACAAGACGAAGACGAGGUUGAAGAACCUUUGAGCAGCGAUAAAGACUGUGAAGACGUCCAGCAGCUGAUCGCUAAUCCAGAAGAAGUUUCCCCUCAGUUAGGGGGGAGCUCCACUUUGAAGCAGGAGACUCCACAACCACCCUGCAUUAAAAAGGAAGAGGAGGAACUCUGCAUCACUCAGGAGGGAGAGUGUCUUCUAGGACGAGAGGAAGCUGAUUACACCAAGUUUCCACUGAGUAUUCUCUCUGUGAAGACUGAAGAUGAUGAAGAGAAACCACAAGUAGACAACCUCUUAGCUCCACUAUUAGAUCGUGAGGCUAAAGACGAGGUUGAAGAACCUUUGAGCAGCGAUACAGACUGUGAAGGUGAUAUGAGGACUCACACUGACAACAAACACUCUGAAUGCUCUACAAAGAAGAGAGGUAAAACAUGUUUGAGCUGCUCAGUGUGUGCUGAAAAUUUUACUAAAAAGAGCAGUUUGACUGAACACAUGAGAACACACUCAGGUGAAAAAACAUUUAAGUGUUCAGUUUGUGGCAAAAGCUUUUCUCAAAAUAGCUCUUUGACUCGACACAUGAGAACACACACUGGUGAAAAACUAUUUAAUUGUUCAGUUUGUGGUAAAAGCUUUUCUGUUAAGUACCGUUUGAUUAAACACAUGAGAACACACACAGGUGAACAACCAUUCAGUUGUUCAGUUUGUGGCAAAAGCUUUUCUCAAAAUAGCCAUUUGACUCAACACAUGAGAACACACACUGGUGAAAAACCAUUUAAUUGUUCAGUUUGUAGUAAAAGCUUUUCUGUUAAGUACCGUUUGAUUAACCACAUGAGAACACACACAGGUGAACAACCAUUCAGUUGUUCAGUUUGUGACAAAAGCUUUUCUCAAAAUAGCUGUUUGACUCAACACAUGAGAACACACACAGGUGAAAAACCAUUUAAUUGUUCAGUUUGUGGCAAAAGCUUUUCUCAAAAUAGCCAUUUGACUCAACACAUGAGAACACACACUGGUGAAAAACCAUUUAAUUGUUCAGUUUGUGGUAAAAGCUUUUCUGUUAAGUACCGUUUGAUUAACCACAUGAGAACACACACAGGUGAACAACCAUUCAGUUGUUCAGUUUGUGACAAAAGCUUUACUCAAAAUAGCUGUUUGACUCAACACAUGAGAACACACACAGGUGAAAAACCAUUUAAUUGUUCAGUUUGUGGCAAAAGCUUUUCUCAAAAUAGCCAUUUGACUCAACACAUGAGACACACUGGUGAAAAACCAUUUAAUUGUUCAGUUUCUGGCAAAAGCUUUCCUCGUUACAACUCUUUGUGUCGACACAUAAGAACACACGCUGUAGGAAAACCAUUUAAUUGUUCAGUGUGCUGUAAAAGGUUCACACAUAAUGCAGACGCAGUUAAACACAUAAAAACAUACAUUGGAAAAUAGCCAAUUAGCGGUUUAGUUUGUGGUAUGUUGCUUAUAUGUGGUGACAUCCACCCUACGCAGGACCUCCUCACUGCUUGUCAAGUCAAAGUACAGAAAAGCACAAACACCACUUAUUUGUAGAGCACACUCCAGGCCUGAAGGGGCAACAGUGAGAGCUGAGGGCUGAACAUCUCCACCUGCUCAGAGCACAUGCUCAAAAUGUUUGCUCUUCAGUCAGUCACCCCUUUGACAUGCUGCUAAGAGGAAGGAAGACAGCUCAUGUUUGGACUCGGAAGACGCAACUGGUGAGGAAACCAAGGGAGAGAAGAUAAUUUCACUGGGGAGAAUGUUUAGAGAAGAUAAUUUCACUGGGGAGAAUGUUUAAAGAAGAUAAUUUCACUGAUGUUUACAAAAUUGUUUAAAUUUAAUUUCAUUCAUAUUGUUGGAAAUGUUUAAAUGUAUUCUUAAACCCAGGCCCUAUCAGUGGAAAUUAAUUUGGUUGGAUUGUUUUAAAAGAAAAGAAAAGCAUGUAUUAUAUUGUAUGUUUAUGAAACACUAAUGUGUUUUUUUUCUGUUUGGUUAAGGUUAUCAACCUAUUCACCUAUCUACUAUUCCAGUGGUUCUCAACCUUUUUUCAGUGAUGUACCCCCUGUGAAUUUUUUUAAAAUUCAAGUACCCCCUAAUCAGAGAAAAGCAUUUUUGGUUGAAAAAAGAGAUAACGAAGUAAAAUACAGCACUCUGUCAUCAGUUUCUGAUUUAUUAAAUUGUAUAACAGUGCAAAAUAUUGCUCAUUUGUAGUGGUCUUUCUUGAACUAUUUGGAAAAAAAGAUAUACAAAUAACUAAAAACUUGUUGAAAAAUAAACAAGUGAUUCAAUUAUAAAUAAAGAUUUCUACACAUAGAAGUAAUCAUCAACUUAAAGUGCCCUCUUUGGGGAUUGUAAUUGAGAUCCAUCUGGAUUCAUGAACUUAAUUCUAAACAUUUCUUCACAAAAAAAGAAAUCUUUAACAUCAAUAUUUAUGGAACAUGUCCACAAAAAAUCUAGCUGUCAACACUGAAUAUUGCAUUGUUGCAUUUCUUUUCACAGUUCUUUUUGACAGACAUUUUAGUGAGGGUCAGACCAUCAUGGCAUGGGGGAAACUCUGGGUUUAUGGUAUGGAAACUCUGGGUUUAUGGUAAUGAAUGGAAUAGCCUACUUGAUUUGAUGUUCAGUUUAUGAACUUACAUUCAUAUUUUGUUGAAGUAUUAUUCAAUAAAUAUAUUUAUAAAAGGAUUUUUUAAUUGCUGCUAUUUUUACAAUAUUUAAAAAAAAUCUCACGUACCCCUUGGCAUACCUUCAAGUACCCCCAGGGGUACGCGUACCCCCAUUUGAGAACCACUGUACUAUUCAACCCCAACUAUUCACCUAUUCCACUAUUCGCCUAUUCAGCUAAUCAACUAUUCAACCAUCCCACUAUUCCACUAUUCAUUCUGUUCAUCCAUUCAUUUACACCAAUAACCCACUUUAUUUUACUGCUUCAAAUCAAACAUUAAUAAAUCACAAGGAAAAAGGAUCGACUUGUCCCUUUGAGUCCUUAAGUCCAACUGGCCUUUUCAAGUUUGGGCACAGCUGUGAAAAACCUGAAGAACUUCACACUACUUCUUUCACAAAUAUCUGAGGUAUUCAUACAAACUUGGAUUAUUUGAAGCAUAAUCUUAUCCACUCAUGACCCCAUGUCUUCUCUGUAUCUGAAACCUUCCUGAACAGUAAGAUAGAUGAUGCUUCAAGUGCUUGGUUACUCCUUCUUCAGUCCAGGGACCUGGGGCCUCAUGUGUCAAGUUUGUGCACGCUCAAAAACCUGCACUACACCCUUUUUCACUGCCAAGUUGAGAUGUAUCAAAACUGACGUUGACACAUAAGUGAUGCUGGGUAACUGCUUGCAUAACAAACUGCCAACUUGUACUCUUUGACAUUGUCAUAGUCAUAUUUUUAAGUUAUCAUGCCAUGAUUUUACCCGUCCCGCCCACGUGGAAAUAGAUUUUCCUCCAUGCGGCCCCUGAGCUAAAAUGAGUUUGACACCCCUGCUGUAAUGUGACUCAUGUGAGCAGGUUACUGUAUAAACACAUUUUGUUAUAAGUUAUAAAAAUGUGUUCAGUUCUCAGAGACACAUCAAUGUCAGUGUAGCUGCUGACAGAAGCAACAUGUAUAUUUGGUGUAUAAUGUCAUAGUUAGGGAUGAUGUUUGAUAAGAAAUUAUCGAGU